AUGAAUGAUAGAAUUCCAAAAGCAUAAAAAGGUAAUGGAUCUUUCAUUGUAGCUAUUUAUGGAACUCCUAAAGUUAUCAUUCUUGCAAAUAUGUUGCAUAUUGAAAGUAAAGUCGAUUUUAUUUCAACUGGAAAUAGCAUGUUUGAGCAUUUAUAAACCAAAAUGGAGAUUGGGCAUAUACCAAGCCUGCCUAUGAAAACUAAUAUAGAAACAAAUAUAGGAGAUUUAUCUGGUAUAGUUAUAUACAAUCCUGAUGCUAAGAAGCAUAAAAAAUAAAAUAUUUGGAAUGACGGCUUGAUUCCAAAUUUGUUUAUAAUUGGAACUGAUAUUCCAUAGGAAAUAAUCAUUCCUCCAGAUUGCAAAAGAUUAUUCAUGUAUAUGUCACCUUCAAUAUUUGUAAGAUAGAAAUUCAUAAGGUAAAAAUUGAAGAUUCCAGCAGUCCACAUUGUUGCCAUAAUUACCAAAUUUUUUAAGAAAACUGAAUAUUUAAGCAUAAAAUAUAAUGUACCAAGUAUUGUUGCUAAUCCUUCACUUACUUAUGCUAUUGAUACAACUAUUGUUUCAUGUUUCUAUAUUACUAUCUCCAUCAUAUAUACAUAUCCAACGCAUGCGUUAAUAGCUGCCAUUAUUCCCAAUAGAAACAUUAGAAAAUAAAAUGUAUAAAGAUCAUUAGCAAUUAAAAAUGCUCCUUAAGCAAUUGUACCAACAAAGGCAUUUACAUAAAGAAGAGGUUUUCUCCCAUAUUUAUCACUUAAUGGAAUGACGAGGAGCAUACUGAUCAAUAUUCCUACAAAGUAGAGGGAUCCAAAGAGUCCAAUUUAUGAUUCAGAAUCGCAAUAGAGCUCUAGUUAUUCAACCCAAUUAUGA